UUCUCCUCCUCUUUGUCAUCAUUUUCUUUGCCUGCUAAGUGCACUAGCCUAGCUGUUUGUUUGCCCAGAAAAUCCAGAUGUCUCCUCCUAUCGUUCUGUUUCUGUCCUUGUAUUCCCUAUCACAUCUGCAGCUUCUUCACUCUGUUUCUGCUCAUCCAGAAGACAGCAAUAGCAAUAGCAAUGGCAACAGCAACUGUCCCAAGUCCUUUGGCUGUGGAAAAUUCGGACCUCUGUAUUUUCCGUUGACUAAUGAGAUUUAUUCGCAGUGCGGCCUCUGCACAGUGAUCUGCGUUGAAGACGAUCGUCGACAUGCGGUCGUCAUGUCUCUUGUCAGCGAACACUUCUCUUUCACUAACAUAGCCCAAAUCUCAUCCGAGGCCAACGGUAGGAGCAGGAUUAAACUCAAUGACAUAAGCUUCAAAGCUGAUUUAGAUGCCAGAAAUUGCAGAGCCUUGAGGAAUUUGAGUUUACCCAACUCUGCUUCUCUUUCAUUCUCCAUCCCUCACAAUCUCACCCUCUUCCAAUGCAACAGAAUCUCCUUUGCAUCUAGCUCUCCCACGGAUAAUCUCUAUUUCAACUACACAGACUGCGAUGAUCAUAACUAUAUUUACUACUACAAGUAUCCACCACAUCCUGAUAAUGUUUCUGAUUCUCAAGCUCAACUUUUUCAAGGCUGCUCCCUGAUUCAGCUGCCUUUAACUUUAGACGAAGUUGAUCCUGACGAUGUUGGCGACCCAUUCGAACUACUGACUGCUAGCUAUUACAUCGAAUUGCAAGCGUCUGAGGAUUGCCUAAAAUGUCACCGGAGAGGAGGCCAAUGCCAGACCAUCAACCAAAAAUUUCACUGCACAUCCAAAACAGGAGGGGUAAACGUCAAACUGAUCAUCAUCCUCAUAGGUAUUGGAACUACUGCAUUAGUGGCCAUGAUAUUCUUGUUCUAUUAUACCAUAUGGAAACAGUUGUCAAAAAAAAUUCUUUGUUUUGCAAAUCUUGGGAAAAUAGAUGAUCAAAAUGUUGAGACUUUUCUAAGGAGCUUUGGUUCUCUUGUCCCUAAAAGAUAUAGCUACUUGGAGAUUAAGAAAAUUACCAACUCUUUCAAAAAUAAACUCGGUGAAGGAGGCUUUGGUAGUGUUUAUAAAGGAAAGUUACAUGAUGGGCACCUAGUGGCAGUGAAACUUCUAAAGGAAUCAAAAGGUGAUGGAGAACAAUUUAUUAAUGAGGUUGCGAGUAUAAGUCGAACAUCUCAUGUUAAUAUUGUAAGUUUAUUGGGUUUUUGUUAUGAGAGUAGAAAACGGGCUCUUAUUUACGAGUUCAUGAUUAAUGGAUCUCUCGACAAAUUUAUAUAUGAUAGAAAGACGCCAAAAGAUCAUGAAUUGGGAUUGGAAGAAUUAUAUAAGAUUGUUGUUGGUAUUGCUAAAGGGUUAGAGUACCUCCAUUUGGGUUGUAAGACAAGGAUUUUGCACUUUGAUAUAAAGCCUCAUAACAUUCUACUAGAUGAAAAUUUUUGUCCCAAAAUAGCCGAUUUUGGACUUGCUAAACAAUGUUUUCAUAGGGAAAGUAUUGUAUCAUUGUUCGGAACAAGAGGAACGAUUGGAUAUAUUGCGCCUGAGCUAUUUUCAAGAAACUACGGAGGGGUCUCUUAUAAAGCAGAUGUUUAUAGCUAUGGGAUGAUGAUUUUGGACAUGGUUGUGGGGAGAAAAGAUUCUAAUGAUUCAACCUUUGAUUGUAGCAGUGAGAUGUAUUUUCCAGAUUGGAUAUACAAACGCCUUGAAGAGGAACAAGAAAUUGGGCUUCAUUGUAUUACAAGCAAAGAAGAAAAUGAAAAAGCAAGAAAGAUGAUAAUAGUUAGCUUGAGGUGCAUACAAACCGAUCCCUUAAGCCGUCCAUCAAUGACUAAAGUGUUGGAAAUGUUGGAAGGAAGCCUACAUUCAUUACAUAUCCCACCCAAACCUUUCUUGUCUUCUAUUAAUGGACCACUAACACAUUGUCCAACGACAGAUGGCAUCACAUUAUGUUCAUCCGAUGUGAGUUAGGAUGUAAAAUUCCUUAAAAAGCAUGGUACAAAAAUGUUCACCCAUGUAAGUUGUAAACUUUUUAUUGAUUAUUGUGUUAGCAAC